AUGAGCCUAGAAGGAGCUUAUGAUCCUGAAAAAGAACAAAUUGUUGUGUCUUUUCGCGAAUUGCUUCUUCUUGAGGAUCAGCUGCCAGGGAAGCACACUGAUAAUCACACCCUUUUGCGAUUUCUACGAAUGAGGGAUUUUGAUCUAAUUAAAGCAAAAGAAGCUUUUUUGAAUUAUCUUAAGUGGCGAAAGGAGUUUCGUGUUGAUGCAAUUAUCAAGGAAUUUAAGUUUGAAGAGUAUACAGAGGUUAAGAAAUGUUAUCCACAUGGAUUUCAUGGAGUUGAUAGAUAUGGAAGACCUUUAUACAUAGAAAGGAUUGGAAUGCUAGACCUCAAUGCCCUCCUGCAAAUAACCACUAUAGACAGAUUUCUUAAGUAUCAUGUACGUGAACAAGAGAAAACAUUAAAGUGGAGGUAUGCUGCAUGCUCAAUUGCAGCAAAGACCCCUAUUUCUUCAACAACAAGCAUUUUAGAUGUGAAGGAUGUGGGAAUGUCUAACUUUUCAAAGCCUGCAAGAUAUCUCUUUAUGGAACUUCAAAAGAUUGAUAGCAAUUAUUAUCCUGAGACGCUACAUGAACUCUUGAUCAUUAAUGCUGGAUCUGGAUUUAGGGUUCUCUGGAAUGUUCUCAAGGCUUUUCUUGAUCCACGUACAUUGGCAAAGAUCAAAGUGCUGGGAAGCAACUAUAGAAGUAAGCUAACCGAAGUAAUCCAUCCAAGUAAUUUGCCAACUUUCUUUAGUGGAAAUUGCACGUGCUCUGACUGUGGGGGUUGCCUGUCAAGCGACAAAGGACCCUGGACUGAUCCAGAAAUUACAGAUAAGCUUCAGGCAAUGAAUGAUAGCGAAAAAGAGUUUAAAGAUGGAGAACAGAGUGGUAUGUCUGCCAAAGAAACCAUGGACUUCGACAUGGAAAAUGUCCAAAUCAAAGAUUUUUCUGAUGCAAUUCCAACGGGAGAUGAUGCUCUUUGGCAAUUCAGGGGAACAAAAGUUAUCGAUAAGCCUUCAUUGCAGAAAAUUGAGGCAUUUGAAGCUGCACUUAAAGAUGCCAAGGCGAAAAUCAAUACAUUGGAAUGUGCACUUGAGGAUACCAAGGUGGUUUUGCAAGGACUUGAAUGGCAUAUAGAGGAACUGAAGAACUGAACUUAUGGUCAAAUACAGCUCAGCACAAAAUUACUAAAGUUGAUGGUUUAUUUCUUUUCCAUGUUCUUGCAUAUUUGGUGAUACCCAUCUUUGUACGAGAACAGGAGUUGAGUGCAUUUCGAAGAUUGUAUUGUAGCCAAAGAAUCCAUUAUCUAAGGAGUUUAAAAAUGGAAAUUGCUUUGUAAGGUUGCAAUUUGAUUAUUUAAUGCAUUGAAAACCACUGUAAUCUUACUUCCUUCUCUCUCUCUCUCUCUC